AUGUCCAAGCUCAGAUCUGCAAGGUGGAAGAUCGACGACAAGCCGGUAAAAAUUGACAAAUGGGACGGUUCAGCUGUGAAAAAUUCUUUGGACGAUUCUGCCAAAAAAGUUCUCCUGGAGAAAUACAAGUACGUCGAAAAUUUCCGUUUGAUCGACGGCCGCCUCAUCAUCUGCACGAUCUCUUGCCUCUUCGCGAUUGUAGCUUUGAUUUGGGAUUACCUGCACCCUUUUCCUGAAUCCAAACCCGUUCUUGCCUUUUGUGUUGUAUCAUAUUUUGUGAUGAUGGGAAUCCUGACUAUCUAUACCUCAUACAAAGAAAAGAGUAUUUUCCUCGUAGCUCACAGAAAAGACCCCGCGGGGAUGGACCCCGACGACGUUUGGCAGCUCUCCUCCAGCCUCAAACGGCGAGAGAAACGGACACCAAACAAGACACGAACAGGAUGA